AUGAAAGGUCCGAAAAUCAAUAUUUUCAAAAAGAGAUUCUUUAAGAUUGAAGGUCAUAAUCUAAUAUAUCAAACGGAUAGUAAGGAUUGCAAAGCUCUUGGUUCAAUUGAUUUGAGAACAGCUCUCACUGAUAUUGCUCCUGAAAAAUCGAGUAAUAAGAGAAAAUAUGUUUUCAGAGUAGAAAUUCCAGGAAGAACCUACUUUAUGUCAGCACCAUCCAAAUUGGAAUGGAGAAGGAAAUGUUAUGGAUUAGUUCUUUCACUUUCUAAUUUGUUAAUUUAUAUGAAGAACUGUAAAGCAGUUAUUGUAAACUUCAAAAUAUUCCGCAUUCCAAUGAUAUUCUAUUGA